AUUCCGGAAAGGUAAAAUACAAAAUGCCAUUGCUAAUACCAGUUUUACUGGCGUGAAUCACGGAGGGAAUUGAGGGAUGAAUUAGAGGAUAAAGUGUAUGUUUACUUGAUUAUAUAUAGGACAUUAGUGUGUAUAGAUUGAUUAAGGCUGUGUUUGAUAAAGCUUUUAAGCUUCUGUGAUUAUAAGUGAAGCCCACUUUUGUGUUUGGUAAACAUCUUAAUAAGUCGCUUCGUUGAAAAGCUCCGACUUUUAGAGGGCAAAAGCAUAAGUAGGGGUUACCCUCCUUUUGGAAGCCAUAAGCUGUGGAGAUGCGGAGAACACUGUAGCGAUAAUUAAUGAACUUUCAAAAUUCCAGUGGGUACUCUCGUGAAACUGAAUUAAUUACACGACCCAAUGUCUUUCUUUUUGACGCCUUUCCUCUUUCAAUUCUUUGGUCUUCUCCUCUUCUCUGAUAUCUCGCCCCUCUCGGUGGACGACGUAAAUCCUCCAUAAUCUGAUAGGCGCGCCUCUAUCUUCCCCCUCGUCCAUGGUUACCCGAGUCUGCUACGGGGUCGUAUGUGAUUUUGGUUUCAUUUCACAUAUAUUGAGACAAAUGCAUGUAGUUGAUCUAGAGACAUCAACACUUUGUCUUGUUGGAGCUCGUAAUGUUGGAAAGUCGUCUUUGGUUGGUAUACUCUCCACUCGGAAACCUGAGAUCACUCAGCACAAGUGGUCAUGGCCUUUUAUGACGCCUGUAGAUGUUCAAAAACUGGGAUUGCAGGACUAUCAUCAAGCUAUAUACAUAUUUGUACUACAGAAGAAAAAAAAAAGGAUCCCUUUGAUGGUCACCUACUUGUUUCGGUCUCUUAGUAUUUGGGUGUGGGAUGGUAUUGUAUUAGAAGUUUAUUGUAAUUUCCUUUAAAUUCCAUUUUUUCUAGGUAUAGUUGAUUGUGGUAACUACUGUAUUUGGACAGUUCAGAUUUCUGAGUACAAAAUUGCAGAGAACAAGUGUUGCAUGAAAGUUUUAUUACACUGUUACAUGUUCAUUUUUAUAGCCUGCUCAGUUGCAUCAAGAGUGAGCGGAAAAUGGGAUACGUGCCUUACUUUCUUGGUCUUAAACUAUG